AAUUGGCAACAUAAAAUGUAGAACUCCCAUGCCCAUGAAAAGGAGAAAUAUGAGAGGAAAGAAAUUUUAAUUCUUCAUGCUUAUUAUUGGAAAUUUCUUUCGGACUGUGCUCAUGGAUUUGAAUCUAUUCCUUUGGUUAGAAAAAAAAAAACUCUAUUAGUAAAAUAAAGUCUAAAUAUCAUCGAGACUCCUGCCGCCUUGUCGCCGCGCGCCUUCACCACCUCGCCUGAAGUCCCCGCAUCGCCGGAACUCACCACCUCGCCUGAACUUUCCGCCGGCCGCCAUCACCUUAAAGAUCGUCGCGACCGCAAGAAAUUCACCUUUCUUUAAUAAGUGAUCUUUUCUCCCUCGCAUACGCCGCAACCGUUCGGUCAUUCUCCCGCUUUCUUCAUUUUCGCAGACUCAGGAGGAAUGAGAAUUAAUGAAUCACGUGCUGACCCGAAUCCGAUCUCAGCACCAAAGAUCGCUCCUUUUCUCCUUCAAACGCCUUUUGACGACAAACCCAUCAACUCAACCUUCGGAUUUCACAUCGAACCCUCGCCGGGACAUUUUCUGGUGGAACUCUGCCAUCACAAGCUGCUUCAGAAAUGGCCAAAUAGAGGGAGCGUUCAACUACUUCGAUCAGAUGCCUUGCAAAAAUGUUGUCACUUGGAACUGUAUGAUCACCGGAUGCAUCCAAAGUGAUAGGGUUUCAGACGCUCAGAGAGUUUUCGACGCAAUGCCGACAAGAAAUAUUGUGUCUUGGGCCGCAUUGAUGACCGGAUAUGCUAAAUGCGGGAGAAUAGAAGAAGCCCGAAGCCUGUUUGAUAGAAUUCCUGACCGAAAUGUGGUUUGUUGGAAUUCCAUGAUUUCAGGGUACAUAAACAAUGGAAAGAUUCGGGAAGCAAGAGAGCUAUUUGAUGUGAUGCCAUUGCCCAUGAAAAACAGUGCUUCGUGGUCGAUCAUGAUUUCGGGUUAUCUUAGGCUAAGGCGUGUUGUUGAAGCACGAAGCUUGUUUGAUCAAGCGAGGUUGAGAUCGGCUUCUCUUUGCAAUGCUCUUUUGUCAGGAUAUGUUGAGCUUGGACUCCUUAAAGACGCAGAGGAGUUUUUCUCGCAAAUUGACGCAAAGGAUGUUAUCUCAUGGAAUAGCAUGAUAACAUGCUAUUCAAGAGCCGGAAAAAUGAAACGCGCUCGAGAUUUAUUUGAUGAGAUGCCAGAAAAGGAUACAAUUUCUUGGACUGCAAUGAUCCAUGGCUAUUUGAAAAAUAGAAAUGUUGACGAUGCUCACAUAUUGUUUAAUAAGAUGCCAAAUCGAGAUGUUGUGGCUUGGAACACGAUGAUGGGUGGGUUUGUAAGUAAUCACUUGUUGGAUGAUGCUUUGAGAUUGUUUAAAGAGAUGCCCGAGAGAGAUAUUGUGUCAUGGAAUACAAUUUUACAAGGUUAUGUUCAGAGAGGCGAUGUGGUUAAUGCAUUGAGAUGGUUUGAUAACAUGCCGCAAAGAAGUGAAACCUCAUGGAAUACACUAAUUUCUGGGUAUCGAAACGAAGAAGCUUUGGCUUUGUUUUGUAAAAUGGUUAGACAAAAGUUUAAGCCUGAUCAAGGGACACUAGCCAUUGUAAUCUCGGUAUGUGCAUCUCUUGUUGCUCUUGGUUGGGGGAAAAUGCUGCAUCUAUAUGUGAUCAGAGCUGGAUUUGAACAUGAUGCAUUGGUAAUGAGUUCAUUAAUUUCUAUGUACUCAAGAUGUGGGUUCAUUCACGAUUCUGCCUUGGUAUUUGAAUCCAUGGUGAAGAGAGAUACAGUCUCAUGGAAUGCAAUGAUCGCAACAUAUGCUUGCCAUGGAUUUGCAUUGGAGGCCUUCAAACUCUUCAACACAAUGAUCCAAAAUGGGUUUCAUCCGGACCAAGUAACAUUUUUGAGCCUCUUGUUAGCUUGUUCUCAUAAAGGCUUGGUUGAUGAAGGUUGUCAUUAUUUUAGGUCUAUGCAAAAAGAUUGGAAAUUGGUACCCAAGCCUGAACACUACUCUUGUGUUGUUGAUCUCCUUGGGAGAUAUGGGUUCAUUAACCAGGCUUAUCAGUUCAUCAGUGAAAUACCGGUGGAGUCUCAGACAAAUGCUUGGGAAACAUUACUGAGUGCGUGCAAAUCUCAUGGAAAUUUGGAAUUGGGAGAAGUCGUGGCCAAAAAGGUUUUACAUGCUCGACCUUCGGAUGGAGCAAUGUAUACCGUUUUGUCGAACAUUUAUGCUGCGAAAGGGAAGUGGGAGGAUGCAGCGAGAACGAGAGCAUUGAUGAGAGCUCGGGGGGUUAAGAAAGAGACGGGAAGUAGUUGGAUCGAGGUGCAAGGGAAAAUGUACGGUUCGAAACACCCCAAAGAGAAACCUCCAGGCGAGUCUGGAUGACAUCUCUGCAGACGUUUGGACAAAUCCAAACAAUUCCUGUAGAAGUUCUUGCACAGAAAUUUGAUGCCUAUAUUGACCAAUCAGGGGCUAAGAAGCUAGGCAUCCCCUUGUGGCCUGUUUGGAUGGCGGGUAGAGAGGGGGAGGGGAAGAGAAAUUUAAUUUUAACCUUGUUUGGGAGUUUCACGUAGAAGGGUAGAUGAGGGGAAUGAGGGGAAAUUUAAGCCAAAAUCUUACACUCCAAAUUAGGGUGUAAUGAAGGGGAAUGGAAGGAAGGAGAACUUUCCUUCCCUUCCCUAGAUGAUCUCCCAAACACACUGUAAUAGCCUGUUUGGAUGGAGGGUAAAGAAGGGAAGGGAAAGGGAAAUUUUGGUUUAUUUUUGUUUGGGUGUUCCAUUUAAAAGGUUAAAAUGAAGUGAAUGAGGGAGAAAGUUGAACUAAAAUCUUACCCCUCAAAUUGGGGGAUAAAAAAAGAGAAGGAAAGGAAGAGAAAAAAUUAAUGAAAAUAGUCUCGUCUUUGUAUAAGAUCGGACCCUCAACUAGGUUUUUUUUUCCGUAGUUUCAAGUUGUAUUGUAUUCCAUCUAAUACUAACGACUUUGGGAGUUGUUCUUCUUUCUAUUAAAAUAAAAUUACUAGAUCAU